ACUGGCUGUAAAAGUUGUUUCCCAUCUUUCUAUUUUCCUUCUAAUCUUAGUUGUGUUUUUGAUGGCAUAUUUUACACCACUUACUGUGUUUCAGUCAUCAGUAAUAAUAUGCCUCACUCACUAUGUCUCUAUUGCCUUUUGAGUGACCCAUCAUUUUGAUAUUUUCAGAGACUGAUAUUCCAUGAUUCAAAGUCAUAUGCCGUAUAUGGAAAAAUACAUUAUAAAAAAGGUAAGUUUUUGUUUGAGAGAUGUUUGUCGCUAUAAGAUUUCCCAAAUUCAAUCCAGUCUAGCCCACUCCCUAUAUAUUUCUUGAUCCAGUUCACUGUCCAUAUGUAAUGUCUGCCUAGAUGUAUGUACUAUAUGUAUAACUGUUUUACCAUCCAACUGUGUGUGCAAUGCUUGGUUUUUCCUCUGUGGAUUGUCAGGCUCAAUUUUUAAGCAGAAUUACUUCAGGAGAAUCUGCAGUGUUUUGGGUCUUGAUCAAAUCAGCAUGAUGUCAUCUGCAACAGGAGCAUCUUCAGGACCUCAUCAUCUAUAUGGAAUCACCCUAUUUGGACUCUGAUAGAUAUUUUCAAUAACAGUGGCAAACACUUUUGAUGUGUAACUGUUCCUAUUCUAUGCCCUGCUUAAUAUUAACGAUCAGAGGAUUGUCAAACAUUUCCAUUCUUGCCUCUAAUAAGGAAUGUUAUGUAAUUUUAACAUGCAUGGAAAACUCUUUGCUGGAAGUAUUUAAAACUGCAAUUUGAUUUAAUAAAUCAAAUUUUUUUUUAUGGUCCACCAAAAACAAGCAUAGCGGGGUCUUACAUUCUCUGCACUGUUCAGAGUUCUGAUCUGCCGUAGCCAGCUUGUUUCCUUGUGCUGUUUUCAUCAAAUAUGCCUGUGAUAACUGUGCAAAUUAUUCUCCGAGAUUUUGUAAAUACGAGCAAGCAAGCAUAUGAAAUAAUAUUUUAUAUGCUCCUUUUUUUUUAAGUGAUUCCAUAUGUAAUUUCCCCCUAGUUAUCUGGUAUCUUUUCUUUUUUCACAAUUUUACAAAUCCUACAUAGGGUACAAAUCCCACCUAAGUCACAAUAAAAUAAUUAAGUUUAAUUGUAUCUGAAAGUGAUUAUAUCUGAAUACAUGACCUUACUCUAUAGUGUGUUUGCUUAAAUCCGUACCAACGUUGUACACUGAGAUUUUUGUUGCACUUUCUUUAACAGCCAGACAAACAGGUUUUGGGAUUUCAAAUUGCAUGCCUUAUCUUCUCAGGUUUAUCCUACUUUAAUAUUUUGAUCCUCACCCUAUGAUCUCUAAUUUCUAUCAUCUAACUGUAAACAAUACUAUUUAAGAGAUGGCUUCCACAUCAAUCCUCAGACAUUUCCUGUCCGUUAAGAUAAGACCCAAUUGCAAAAGUUAGUUUUGGACAGUUUUUGAGUUUAAGAUGUCCAUGGGAGUUUAAUGAAUGCUAGCAAACAAGAGUGAUGGUGAUGCACAUUAAACACUUCAAAAACAUUCCAGUGCUAUAUGAAUGUCAAUUACUGUUUGUUGGAAAGGGCCGUGGGAGGUGAGGUGACUAGUCCCGAGUCCCGCAGCCAAUGAAGCCGAGGAGCCAGGCCUCAGACCAGCCUUGUGACUCCGAUCCACAGCAAGCCAACUCCUCGCUGCAGCAGCCAUAGAGCUGGGAGGCCCCGAUUGCCUAGAGCUCCUCCUUCUCUUUGGUUGACGAAGACAGCGGAGGAUGAGGGGAUAACGUAAUCACCCCCCCCGUGUUCCCCCCCACCCCGCCCCCCCACCUGACGACUUCCGCUCGGCUGGAAGGUGGAAGGAGAGUGCGAGGACUAGGAGGAGGAUACCUAGAGCCCUCGGCCCCAGAUAGCGCAAUGCGAUCGGUUAGUUACGUGCAGCGAGUAACCCUGGAGUUCAGCGGGAGCCUCUUUCCGCAUGCGAUUUGUCUCGGCGACGUUGACAACGAUGCGUUGAAUGAGCUGGUGGUGGGAGACACUGGUGGGAAGCUGUCAGUGUACAAGAAUGAUGACACCCGGCCAUGGAUCACCUGUUCCUGCCAGGGAAUGCUUACUUGUGUUGGGGUAGGAGACAUAUGUAAUAAGGGAAAGAACUUGGUUGUGGCAGUAAGUGCUGAGGGCUGGUUUCACCUGUUUGACCUGAUGCCUGCCAAGACUCCAGAUACCUCUGGGCACCAUGAGGCACCAGCGGGCGAGGAGCAUCGACCAGUGUUCAAGCAGCACAUCCCUGCCAACACCAAAGUCAUGCUGAUCAGUGAUAUUGAUGGGGAUGGGCGUUGCGAGCUGGUGGUGGGCUACACAGACCGUGUGGUGAGGGCAUUCCGAUGGGAGGAUGCCAGUGAUGGCAUGGAACAUGUGACUGGACAGCUGAUUUCACUUAAGAAAUGGCUACUGGAGGGACAGGUAGACAAUCUGUCAGUGACUCUGGGGCCUCAGGGAACCCCUGAACUGAUGGUAUCCCAGCCAGGCUGUGCUUAUGCCAUUCUACUGUGUACCUGGAACAAGGGGCCCCUCCCUGUCCCUGAGGAGAAUAACAGAGAGACCCCUGCUGUUCGGGAUGUCAUCCUGCACCAGACGUCUGGCCGCAUCCACAAUAAGAAUGUUUCCACCCACCUCAUUGGCAACAUUAGACAUGGCCGAAGCAGUGAGAAUAGUGGCUCAAGUCUCUUUGCCCUCUGCACCCUUGAUGGAACUCUAAAACUCAUGGAGGGAGCAGACAAGCUGCUGUGGUCAGUACAGGUGGAUCAUCAACUUUUCGCCCUAGAAAAACUGGACGUUACAGGCAAUGGAAGUGAGGAGGUAGUGGCAUGUGCCUGGGAUGGACAGACAUACAUCAUUGAUCACAACCGAACUGUGGCUCGCUUCCAGGUAGAUGAGAAUGUCCGUGCCUUUUGUGCAGGCCUGUAUGCCUGCAAAGGAGGUCAAAACAGUCCCUGCUUAGUAUAUGUGACUUUCAACCAGAAGAUUUACAUAUAUUGGGAUGUGCUGCUUGAGCGGAUGGAGUCCACCAAUCUGGUGAAGGUGUUGGAGGCUGAGCCAGAGUACCGGGGCCUACUACAAGAAUUGGAUGUGGAUCCUGAUGACCUCAUUGCUGUCCGAGCAUUGCUCCAUCAGACACUUUACUAUCCAGAUCAACCACAGUCAGAUAAUCCUUCAAGCAACCCAGAUCCUUCUUAACUGGAGGUGCUUUCCCAAGGGAUGAGGGACUUUCUUUCCCGGUUAUCAAGAAAGAGAGUUGGAGCAGAGAAGGAAAGAGACAGCAUGUUUGUGGCAGAAAGUUAAACUGAAUGCAGAAAAAAUAAUUUGACCUGACUCCUUCCUAGAAGAGCCGUGUCCAUAGGAUCAUAGAGGUGAAAAGGACCUCAGAGACUAUCUAGUCCUACCCUCUCAUUCUGCAAAUGAGGAAACUAACCCCAGGGAGAUUUUAAGUGACUUGCCCUAAGUCACAUGUAUUGUGAAAGUUUUUUUCUGGAUCAGACUUCCCCUCCCCCUCUCAACUCUUAGAAGGGCUAUUCACCUGGAAAAUCACCAUUUCAAACUUGAUAGUAGCCUUUCUGUGUUCAUUGUGUGGGAGUCAAUUUGAAUCAUUUUUUAGGCCUGAUCUGAUCUGUUUGCUUUCUUGAUUGUCCUUUUGGAUUAUACUGUCCCCAUUAAUAAGUCCUGUUUAUAUGAGUCAGAUGGAAUCCAAGUUCCAUUCUUUCUCCUUCUGCCUGAGGAGAGACAAAUAAUAAUAACAAUAUUGUCAUCAUUUAUGUAGUGCUUUAAAGUUUGCACACUGUUUCAUAUGUAUUACUUUAAUUGUUGAGUUUCCUCUAGCAAGGAUGGGGCUAAUGGUAAGAGGAAGCCAGAAAGGACUUAGAUUAGAGAAGCAGUGUUUAUUCAGAUGAAGAGGCAUUUGGGCUGGGGCCUGCUGGAAAUUUGCUAGAGGCAGACCUAGGAAAAGGAACAAGGAAGGACUAUGAAAGUAGAGGACACAGGAAAAUUAGAUUGAGGGGAAUGACAGACUUGUUGAGACCUAGGAUAGGGCAAGAUUAUAAUUUAAUGAGCUAUUGUCUUUUGUUUUAGAGGGACUGAUGGAUAGGGAUCGAGAAAGGGGGUAUCCCUCCACUUCAAUAAGGCAAGAGAAUAGACAGGGGGAAAAGGUUAUCCUCAGAACCAGGAAGACCCAGUUCCUACCUAAUCUAGCCCAUAGGCCAGUGCCUUUGAGUCAUAUUUUGGGAGAAGGGAGACAACCAGCCAGAAAAGCACUCUGGGGCCCAAUGUUUUGGCAUCCAAAUCUCUCCUAAAAAUGAAAACAAGGGAGAUUCUUUUCUCUUUGGGCUCAGCACCCAGCUGAAGGAAGCUACUAGGAUUCAGGCAAGGUGAACUCCAAGUUUAUGGAGGUAGACAUGCAGAAUGGAAAAGAUAAAGAGGCCCAUAGCAAUUAGAUGGGGCUCCAAAGUUAAAGCUAACAAUGUCCACUCCCAUAUCUCACACUUAAGGAGAAAAAUAUUCCCUACAGAGUAUGACCAUGCAAUCACUGAAUUGUUCAUACCCUUUGAUCCUGUGAUCUCACUACUAGGCAUGCACACACACACACACACACACACACACACACACCCUCAAGGAAGUUAGUGACAGAAAGAUCCUAUAGAUAUUAUACAAAAUAAUAGUAACAUUCUGUGGUGACAAAAAACCAACAACAAAAAAAUUGGAAAGAAAAUGGUUGCCAAUCAAUUGGAAUUGGAAAAGCUGAAGUUGUAGUAUAUGAAUAUAAUGGAAUGUUGUUGUGCUGUAAGAAAUAGCCAAUGUGAGACAUUUGAAAAAAGUUGGAAGAUUUGUAUGAACUGAUAAAGAGUCAAAAAAUAAAACCAAGAGAAUAACAUACACAAUGACUACAAUAAUGCAAAUAAAACUUAUACUGAAAUGCAACCAAACAUUAA